AAUACCUAGCCAAAAUGCCCAAAAUUAUAAAAAAAAAAAAAACCUAGCCAAAAUGCCCAAAACGAUAAUAAAUACCUAGCCAAAAUGCCCAAAAUGUCAAAAAUACACCCAGGAUUGACGCACAGGGAAGCGGGGAAGAAAAGGGCGAAAACGGCCAUAAAUGUGAAAAAAUACCGAUUUUUAUCAAAAAUACCUAGCCAAAAUGCUAAAAAUGCCCAUGUGGCUAAGUGUGCGUGUAAAGUGUUGUGAUUGUGUGAAAAUGUGCAAAGUAGAAAUGCUGAGGGUGUUGGUGAAGCAGCGACUAACUGCUGCUGUGGAAGAAAUAUUUGUAGUGUUAGAAAGAACGAUAGCAGAAUACGAGGAGGAACUUUCUAGAACAAAAGAGGAGAACGAGCGACAACGUCAACUACUGGACGCUCUUUUCAACAAACAUCAACAAACAGCAGUACAAACAAUGGAGGACUCUGGCAGGCUUGGACCAGCAGAAAGUUCCAGUGAAGAACAUCUCCUCCCUGAGCAGCCGGGCUGGAGCUUCUGGGUGGAGCAGAAGGAGCCGCAUCCCCCCUACGUUAAAGAGGAAGAGGAGAAGCCCAGCACCAGUCAGGAGAGAGAGCAUCUUGAGGGUCUGGAGGAGGCCAAGUUGCCAUUGAGUGGUGUCAUGAUGAAGAGUGAAGAUGAUGAAGAGGAACCUCACUCAUGGCGGCUUCAUCACAGACGCUCGCCGUCAGCGCCGCUGUCGGACAACGACUUGAGCGACAGCGAUGACAAGGACUGUAAAGUCGACGUGACCCUGCACGCCGACCACACACACUUGAAAUGCUCGCAGUGCGACAAAACUUUCAGCGACAACUCAACUCUGAAACGACACACGAGAUGCCACACGGGAGAGAAACCCUUCGCCUGCUCUUUCUGCGAGAAACGCUUCUCUCAGAAGGCGUCGUUGGUGAUCCACACGAGAACGCACACGGGCGAGAGACCUUACACCUGCUCCGUGUGCGACAAAAGCUUCCGCGAUAAUUCGGCGUUAGUGACGCACACGAGGACACACACCGGGGAGAAACCGUUCCCCUGUCCAUUUUGCGACAAAAGAUUCGCUCACAAGGGACAUUUGAUAUCGCACACCAGGACACACACCGGGGAGAAACCUUUCACAUGCUCCGUGUGCAACACCAGCUUCAGGGUGCACUCGGUCAUGAUGAUACACAUGCGGACGCACACGGGAGAGAAACCUUUCGCCUGCUCAGUGUGCGGGAAAAGAUUCACUCAAAAGGGAAGCUUGAGUAUACACACAAGAACACACAAGGGAGAGAAACCGUUUCCCUGCUCGGUGUGCAACAAACAUUUCCGGGUUCGCUCGGCACUGGCUACACACAUGAAAACACACAACGCACAACAACGUUGA